AUUUUCCCAUCUUACACUCCCCGACAUCCGCCUUUAUUUCCCUACGCGCACUUCCCUUCCUGCCACAUACAGACCUGAAAUGGUUCACUCAACCGGCGAGGAACGCGCUGUACACCUUACCCGGGAGGCGAUUGAGUUGGUAGACUCUGGUCACCGUGAAGCUGCCUCGCGGAAUCUUCGAGAGGCUCUCUCUCUAGCCCCAAACAAUCCAGCAGUCAAAGAAGCCUUCCUCAAGAUCCAGCAAGAGGAGGAAACUAGUCACCAUUUGCUAGAUCUUUGUCGGCGUUACGCUUCUCGCAAGGAAGAAAGUGCUGGAAAAGAUGCCGUUCUUUAUCUACGCACUGAUGGUCUGAAGCCUCCGGAAGGCGUUGCAUUGGAAUGCGCCAAACUCCUACUCGCGCACAGGGCUCAUGCGUUAUCUUCACUGCAAGAUGAUAUAAUUUCAGGGUUGGUUCGGCAGAGUGCCAGCGUUCGACAGUUUUUCUCCGACCAACUGCAAAUUUCCGUGACCACGUUCUUCGAUGAGAUGUACGAUAGAGGUGAUGCGGCUGCAGUAUGUCUUGAUACUGUCGUCUUAGACCCUUCCGUAUGGCCGUCCGAGACUGCUCGCUUUCACUGUGAGCGCGAGCUUUUCCUGCUGUUCAUUGCUAAGCUCAUGGAAUCUGGUCAUGACUUGGACGGUCGCUCUCUCAAAGGCAUCGCGCGACUCCUUGCUGUUGACGCAUCCAAGUUGCAGGACCAGGUUGAUGACGAGGAGUUGGACGUGAUACUAUCCUCUUUGGAUCACCGGUUGCCUCUUGAGUGGCGGAGUCAAGCUACUCUUGCGACCGUCAAAUAUCUUGAAGCUUCCAAAGAAACUGGACAGAAUCGAUUCACCAAGAUCAUAUCUUCCAAACUGAGCAAGGCGCGCGUCGACGACCUUAUCAUUGCAUUCUCGGCUACAGCUGCUGUUUUCCCUGUAAUCCCAGAGGUCGCCGCAACUCUCUUCUUAUCCGAUGGUUUUAUGGCUGCGCUACUUCCCGUAUCUGCUCGAGAUGCGAAGCGCCGGAGAGUUGAGGUUUCAGCGCUAGAAUUGCUGAAUGCUGCUUGUAUCAACAAGGCCUGUCGGGAAACUAUCUCCAAGAAUUUGUCGGAUUGGCUUUCCCACACAUUGACGAACGGCUGUGACGAAACAUCCGAAUUGGCAGCAGUAGUACUGGCCAAGAUCCGCGUUUCUGAAAAGGAUGAAUCGGAAUCUAACGGGCAAACUCAGGAGGAUGGUAAUAGAGCCUUUGAACUUGUUGAUCGAUUCAAAGCCCUGAUGUCUAGCCGUAAGGGCGAAAAUGUUCAAAAUAUAAUGGAGGGCUUGGCAUAUUCGUCCGUGAAACCUGCGGUGAAGGAACAACUUGCCAAAGACUCGACUUUUCUGCGUGACUUGAUUAAGAUCUUGCAUGAGAACUCGAGCGAUUCGUCGGUCCUCUAUAGUGGUUUAAUGAUCAUCUUGAACAUGACACAGUUUCUCCCGAAUCUGAGCGAAGAACAAAAGAAGAUGUCUCAACUCAAGUCGUAUGCAGAGGCUAAUCCGAAUGCCCGGGCCGGCCCAAAUCCUCUUGAGAGCGUUGAACACGUUAUCGCUCGUUGCAACGCCGUCGUUGAUGCUGGUAUUAUGCCGCUCUUCAUCGCGUGUAACAAGACAAACCUACCCUCCAUUCAAGGCCUUGUAGGCAAGAUUAUGCUUUCACUCUCGCGGAAUCAGAAAGCCAGGGGAACACUAGCUCAGCAGGGCGGUGUCAAGCUAUUACUUAAUAUUGGGACUUCAAGACAAGGGAGCUCUGGAUCGAUUGCUAAUGAAGCUGUGCCCAAUGCUUCCCAUGCAUUGGCCCGCAUUCUUAUCUCCGUGAAUCCAUCUCAUGUUUUCCCUCCAUCUGGGUUUCCGCAGGUCACUUCAGCUAUUCGACCCUUAACUGCGCUCUUAGUGGCACCUGAGGCUUCUGCGGACCAGCCACGCGAUCUUUUGCCUAUGUUUGAGAGCCUCCUUGCUCUCACAAAUCUCGCCUCUCACCCGGAUGAGACCGCACCUGAUACAAUUGUCCGGCAGGCAUGGUCAGUGAUAGAGGAUCUGCUGCUUUCCAACAGUCCAUUGAUUCAACGGGCCGCAUGCGAGUUGGUCUGUAAUUUGAUGACUUGUGAGUCUGGGGUAGUGAAAUUUGCAGACGGCUCCAAACGGGCUGGGCAACGUCUGCAUGUUUUGCUAGCUCUUACUGACGCUGAUGACAUUGCCACUCGGAGAGCCGCUGGAGGUGCCCUAGCUAUGCUCACUGAAUUUGACUCCGUCAUCGCUGGCGUCCUAGACCGGCCUCGUGGUGUGCAACUCUUGCUACGUCUUUGUCGGGAGGAUGAUGAGGGGUUGUUGCACCGAGGGGUUGCAUGCGUGCGGAACAUGAGCUGCAUCGCGUCAGGUGAUAUUGGCCGUCGUGCGAGAGAAGCGUUGAAGAAGAGCGGGGCGGUUGAUACACUCAGCAAUGUGCUGAAAACGUCGAGGAAUACUUCUGUCCUUCAAACCGGGGUUGAAGCUUUGAAGCCUCUUGUUGAGUGAUGUUUCCAAUUUAUUUUCGUUUUGAGAUAAGCUCCCAGUUUGUUCCAUUUCUUGCUUGUUAGCGUUUGCUUGGUUUUGUCAGGCGUGGGUAGGGAUGAAUUGUUAUGGUGUCUUAUUGGCCUGUUAAUUGGCGUUUCUCGUGCUUCUAUCGGCAACCUCUUUUCCCAUUCUGCUAAUAUCUUAUGAUUUAUACGCGCUAUGAGGGCUGGGAACGGAC